CCCUCUGGCAACUGAAACGGAAAAAAGAAUCCUGCCUCUCCCCCACACAGCUUCCAAAAACCUCAUAAACCCUCCUUUCAAAGCUCUCUAGAGAGAGAGAGAGAGAGAGAGAGAGAGAGGGAGAGAGAGAACUCUUUAAUCCGAGUUGGAAACGAGAUGGCGACUCAGCUCCCGGAUGAUUUCAAGUGCCCAAUAUCUCUCGAGAUAAUGUCUGACCCGGUUAUCCUUGCGUCGGGUCACACCUUCGACCGAACUUCAAUCCAACGGUGGCUAGACUCCGGUCACCGCACCUGUCCAAUUACCAAGCUUCCCCUACCUGAACAUCCCUGUCUUAUUCCCAACCACGCGCUUCGUUCCUUGAUUUCCAAUUAUACCCUCGUCACCCCGUCGAACUCGCAACCCUGUCCACAACCCCAAACCCUCUGCUCUGCUCUGACGUCCCCAUCAUCCUCUGUUAAGACCAAGCUCGAGUCGCUCACCCAUCUCGCCAAGCUCACCAAGCGUGACUCAGCACUUCGCCGCAAACUAACCGAGUCGGGAGCAGUCCCUGCCGUUCUCAAGUAUGUGGACUCGGGCGAUCCGAGUUUACAGGAGAAAGCACUUUCUUUACUCCUCAAUCUCAGCCUCGACGAUGAUAACAAAGUGGGUUUGGUCGCAGAAGGCGCAAUUAACCGGGUCGUAAAAGUCUUACGUGUCGGGUCGCCCGAUUGCAGAGCCAUAGCUGCAACGAUCAUAACCAGCUUAGCCGUCGUUGAAGUCAAUAAAGCGACAAUCGGGGCAUACCCAGAUGCGAUUCCGGCAUUAGUUAGGCUUCUAAUUGCAGGAAAGGGAAGGGAAAAGAAAGAGGCAGCAACGGCUCUUUAUGCAAUUUGCUCAUUUGCUGAUAACAGAAGAAGAGCUAUAGAUUGCGGGGCGGUGCCGAUAUUGAUGGGGUUAUUGGAUUCGGGGCUGGAAAGGGCUAUUGAAGUGUUGGGAUUAUUGGUGAAAUGUAAAGAAGGGAGAGAAGAGAUGAUGAAAGUUAAUGGCUGUGUUAAAGUUUUGGUUGAGGUUUUAAGGAAUGGUAGUUCAAGAGGAGUUCAAUAUGGGCUAUUUACUUUGAAUUGUUUGUGUAAUUAUAGUGAAAGUUUUUGCUUCGAAGCAAGGAACGAAGGGGUUUUGGAAAUUUGUAUGGGGUUAGUGGAGGAAGAGAAUGAGAAGAUUAGGCGGUAUACUUCGAGUUUGGUUCAGACUCUGAGAGGAAAUCAUGCUAUUGGGUGAAUGAAACUUGCGGUGUUGGAAAUGGAGGUGAGUUGUUUUUAUUUAGUUUUUUGGUUUUUUGUAUGGGAUGUUUAGAACGUGGGUCGAUAUUUUGUUGUACAAAAGGACAAAGGAUUAGAUUUUUGUAUCUUUGUACAUUUGAAUAAAAGGGAGCAUGAUGGAAGGGAGGGCUUGUUGUUCUCCCUGGUUUUUAGGUGUUGUAGUGGAAAAAAAGAAGUUUCAAAAUUUUGUUACUUGAAUGAUAAAUUUGUAUUGAUUUAAAGCAUGUCUACUAAGUCUUUGAUCUCCUGGGAAGUUGGGAAACUUUUUUCUCUUAAAAAGAAAUUGGAAAUACAAAGAAAUGUACUUUUUAAAUCUCCCUAUGUUGGUAUUUCAAGAUUGAAUUAUGAGAUUUAUUACCA